CGCUGUGUGCCCCUCAGUAUGUCUUUGUGAAUGAAUCCAAGACUUGGGCAGAAGCUCAGAGAUACUGUAGAGAUAAAUUCACUGAUCUGGCCACCAUUGAAAAUGAACAACAGACGAUCCAGUUAAUGGACACUGUGAAUGAUGAUUCCAUUGAUUUGGCCUGGAUUGGACUCUACGAUGAUCUGAACAGUUGGAAAUGGACUCUAGAGGACAGUGACUUUUUUAAUGCAGGAGAGGAAGACUUUAGGAACUGGAAUAACCCAGGACCAGACAAUUCUGGUGAACGUUUAUGUGUGUAUAUGUUCAGAGGGAUAUGGUAUACAACAAGUUGCACCGGUUCAUAUUAUCCUCUUGUCUGCUAUGAUGGAAGAGAAAAUGCCAGUGCUACUUAUAUUUUCAUUCCCCAGGCCCAAACCUGGACUGAAGCUCAGAGAUACUGCAGAGAGCAUCACACAGACCUCGUCAGUAUCAGGAAUGAGAUUGAAAACCAGAAGGUCCAGUCCAUUACGACUUAUAACGACUAUGCUUGGAUUGGGCUGUACAGAACCAGAUCUUGGUCAGAUCAGAGCAACUCUUCAUUUACUUACUGGAGCACAUGGCAACCAGAUACUGCUGGAUCCUGCACUGUAGUCUCAUUCAGUGACUCUGGGAAAUGGGCAGAUGAAAAUUGCAAUUAUGCAUUUCCUUUCAUUUGCUACAGUGUGUCAUCUUUGACAUCAUCCCGUCAGUAUCACUUUGUGAAUGAGUCUAUGAGCUGGACUGAAGCUCAGAGAUACUGCAGACAGAAUUACACUGAUCUGGCCACCAUUGAUAACAUGGAGGAAAUGAACAGGCUGAUUAACACAGUUAAUGGGAGUUACAAUGGUUCAGCCUGGAUUGGACUGUAUGAUGAUGUGAACAGCUGGAGAUGGUCACUGGAGGACAAUGUUUUCUAUCAGGAAGGAGAGAGAGAUUUCAGAAACUGGUAUCAUGAACCAGACAACAGAGGGGGAAAUGAAAUGUGUGUUUUCAUGAAUUAUGAUGGAAACUGGUUUGAUUUGCCGUGUGACAACAUACUGGAAUUCAUUUGCUAUGAUGGUAGAGAGAAUGCCACACAGAGUUACACAAGAAUCAAUGAUGGAAAAACUUGGUCAGAAGCUCGUAGAUACUGCAGAGAUCAUUACACAGAUCUCGUCAAUGUGAGAAAUCAGACUGAAAACCAGAGAAUCCUUGAGAUAGCAGGUGGAUAUCAAGCUUGGAUCGGCCUGUACAGAAACAGGAUUUGGUCAAAAGGUCAGAUUACCAAAUAUGAAGACUGGAGACCAGCUAUUCCCAAUUCAGCACGACAACCAGAUAAUGGUGAACAUGUUUUUAGCCAGUGGGGUAUUGAGCUCUGUACUGCUGUAUCAUUCAGUCAUUUAGGCCGAUGGACUGAUGAGAACUGCUUAUCCAGCAUGCCCUUCAUCUGCUAUAACACAACCUGCACACAAUCUUCAUGCACCCGUCAGUAUCACUUUGUGUCUGAGUCUAAGACCUGGACUGAAGCUCAGAGAUACUGCAGACAGAAUUACACUGAUCUGGCCACCAUUGAGAACAUGGAGGAAAUGAACAGACUUAUUAAAACAGUACGUGGGACUUUCUAUGGCAAAGCUUGGAUUGGUCUGUAUGAUGAUAUGAACAGCUGGAGAUGGUCACUGGAUAAUACAGCACUGGAGGGAGGAUUUAAAAGCUGGAAUGUUGUGCAACCAGUGAACUUGUAUGGACAGAGUCUGUGUGUGUACAUGACAUAUAAUCGAGAAAGAUGGAGUGAAGAUUUUUGCUCGCAAACACGUCCCUUUGUUUGCUAUGAUGGAAGAGCAAAUGCUAGCACAAGUUAUGUGUAUGUUUACCAGUCUAAAACCUGGACUGAAGCUCAGAGUUACUGCAGGGAGCAUCACACAGACCUCGUCAGUAUCAGGAAUGAGACUGAAAACUACAGGGUUCAGUCAUUAAUUUUUGAUUAUUACACUGUUUGGAUUGGACUGUACAGAACCAGAUCUUGGUCAGAUCAGAGCAACUCUUCAUUCAGUAACUGGAGGACAGGACAGCCAGAUAAUGCUGGAAACAGUGAAUACUGCACUGCAGUGUCAUUUAGUGACUCUGGGAGCUGGACAGAUGAAAACUGCAACAUUGCAUUACCUUUCAUUUGCUACAGUGCAUUAGCAUCAUCCCGCCAAUAUCACUUUGUGUCUGAGUCUAUGAGCUGGACUGAAGCUCAGAGAUACUGCAGACAGAAUUACACUGAUCUGGCCACCAUUGAUAACAUGGAGGAAAUGAACAGGCUGAUUAACACAGUUAAUGGGAGUUACAAUGGUUCAGCCUGGAUUGGACUGUAUGAUGAUGUGAACAGCUGGAGAUGGUCACUGGAAGACAAUGAUUUCUAUCAGGAAGGAGGGAGAGAUUUCAGAAACUGGUACCAUGAACCGGACAACAGUGGUGGGAGACAACUGUGUGUUUACUUGCAUAAUGAUGGCAAAUGGUAUGAUAUGUCAUGUGACAACAUGCUGCCAUUCGUUUGCUAUAGUGGUAGUGUGAAUGCCACAGAGAGUUAUGUCAGAAUCAAUGAUCGGAAAACCUGGUCAGAGGCACGUAGAUACUGCAGAGAUCAUUAUACAGAUCUUGUCAACGUGAGAAAUCAGACUGAGAACCAGAGGAUUCUUGAGACAGCAGGUGGAGGAGUCUGGAUCGGACUGUACAGAAACAGGAUUUGGUCAAAUGGUCAGAUUACCAAAUAUGAAGACUGGAGACCAGCUAUUCCCGAUUCAGGACAACAACCAGAUAAUGGUGAAUAUGUUUAUGGGGAGUGGGGUUUGCAUCACUGUACUGCUGUAUCAUUCAGUCAUUUAGGCCGAUGGACUGAUGAGAACUGCUUAUCCAGCAUACCUUUCAUCUGCUACAACAGAACCUGCACACAAUCUUCGUGUACUCGUCAGUAUCACUUUGUAAAUGAGUCUAUCAGCUGGACUGAAGCUCAGAGAUACUGCAGACAGAAUUACACUGAUCUGGCCACCAUUGAUAACAUGGAGGAAAUGAACAGGCUCUUUAAAAGAGUACAUAGAACUUACUAUGGCAAAGCUUGGAUUGGUCUCUAUGAUGAUGUAAACAGCUGGAGAUGGUCUCUGGAUAAUGUAGUGCUUGAUGGAGGAUUUAAAAGCUGGUUUGUUCAGCAACCAGUGAACUCAUAUGGACAGAGUCUGUGUGUGUACAUGUCAUAUCGUGGAACAUGGAGUGAAGCCCCUUGUUACUAUACACUUCCCUUUGUUUGCUAUGAUGGAGGAGCGAAUGCUAAUAGAAGUUAUGUGUUUGUUUACCCGUCCCAAACCUGGACUGCAGCUCAGAGUUACUGCAGAAAACAUUACACAGACCUUGUCAGUAUCAGGAAUGAGACCGAAAACUUCAAACUUCUAUCAUUAUUUCCAUAUUAUUUCUCUUUUUGGAUUGGACUGUACAGAACCAGAUCUUGGUCAGAUCAGAGCAACUCUUCAUUCAGUAACUGGAGAACAGGACAGCCAGAUAAUGCUGGAAACAGUGAAUACUGCACUGCAGUGUCAUUUAGUGAUUCUGGGAACUGGACAGAUGAAAACUGCAACACUGCAUUACCUUUCAUUUGCUACAAUGCAUCAGCAUCAUCCCGUCAGUAUCACUUUGUGAAUGAGUCUAUGAGCUGGACUGAAGCUCAGAGAUACUGCAGACAGAAUUACACUGAUCUGGCCACCAUUGAGAACAUGGAGGAAAUGAACAGGCUGAUUAACACAGUUAAUGGGAGUUACAAUGUUUCAGCCUGGAUUGGACUGUAUGAUGAUGUGAACAGCUGGAGAUGGUCACUGGAAGACAAUGAUUUCUAUCAGGAAGGAGAGAGAGAUUUCAGAAACUGGUAUCAUGAACCGAACAACGGAGAAAAUGAACUGUGUGUUUACAUAGAUUCCAAUGGAAACUGGUUUGAUUCAUCAUGUGGCAAAUAUUACACAUUUGUUUGCUAUGAUGAUAGAGGAAAUGCCUCUCAGAAAUAUAUCUGGGUAUCCGAUUAUAGGACCUGGACUGGAGCUCAGAGCUACUGCAGAGAGAAAUACACAGACCUGGCCAGUGUGAGAAAUGAGACAGAGCGUCAACAGAUAAUGAAUGUUACACGUUUUUAUCGUUAUUAUGGUUAUUAUGGUUAUUAUGGUUAUGUAUGGAUUGGUCUGCACAGAAACAGACUGUGGUCAGAUCAGAGCAACUCUUCCUUCACAUAUUGGCUGCCAUACACUCAAGGUGUUGAUGCACAACCAGAUAAUGGUGCAAGUGUCCAACCACUGAAUGGAGCUGAACACUGUACAGCAGUGUCUUUACAAUUCUUUGGCCAGUGGACAGAUGAGAACUGCUUUGACAGUUUGCCUUUCUUCUGUUACAGUGGAUUUGCAUCACAAGUUCAUUACAGAGCAAACUGUGUCUUACUGAGUGAGAAUGUGUUUUGA